GGGCUCCUGCGAAAAACUCAGCACUUGCACUCAAACGUCCUUCUCAAACACAAAGCACUCUCGCAUUUCAGGCCCUGAACAGGCGAGCCACUCAGCAUGGCGGAACAGGUGCAGUACCACCUGGAGAAGAUGGUCCCGGAGUUAGAGGACUUGCAGGAGAGGGGAAUAUUCCAACCGCACGAGAUAAAAGCGAUCGUGAAGCAGAGGACAACGCACGAAUACCGAGUGCACCGUAUCAUCCCCCUUAAAGCCGAUUUCCUCCGCUAUAUCGCCUACGAAGAGAAUUUGGAACGGUUACGAAGGAAACGAAAGCAGCGCUUGGGAAUGGACAAACCGCCAACAGCACAGGAGAUCGAACUCGGCAUCAAAACCAGCGGUCUCUCCGACUACUCUAUCACACGGCGGAUACACGGCCUCUACGACAAAAUGCUCAAGCGGUUUGCAGGCGACCUGACGCUGUGGAUUCAGUAUUUCGACUGGUGCAGAGCGAGCCGGAGUUCAAAGGCGUUGGGGAAGGUGUUUGCGAGGGCAAUCCAGCUGCAUCCGACCUACGAUGUGUUUUGGAUCAUGGCGGCCGCGUGGGAGUUCGAGGAUAAUACCAAUAUGUCGAGCGCACGGGUGUUGUUGCAGCGGGGGUUGCGUAUCAACCCGGAGAGCAAGAAGCUAUGGAUGGAGUACUUCAAGUUGGAGCUUUUGUGGGUGCAAAAGAUCAAGGAGCGGAGAAAGGUGCUGUUCAAGACGGGAGAGGGGGCUGUGAAGGAGGCCCAAGCGACCGCAGCCCCUCAAGUCGAAUCGGUGGAUCUGCCAGAUUUGAAGGAGGAGGCCGGUCUUUCUCAGAGCUCGUUACAGAAGGAUACCACUCUCUCCGCAUCAGCCAAAGAAGGCAGCUCGUCCGACACGGCGCCCAUGCUGGCGUCGAAACUCUCCGCGUCGCAGGAAGCAUUGCUGAAAACCCUCAUCCCACGAGCGAUCUACCGAAACGCGAUACAGACGAUCCCGAAUGACCUCGAUUUCCGCUUGUCCUUCUUGAAAAUGUACGAAGAGUUUCCAGAGACGACCGAAGGGCAGAAGGAACUUCUGGACACUUUGGAGAGGGAUUUCGGCAGAAAUGCGAUGGCGAGAGGGGUUCUGGCUGAGCGACCAUUAUACGGUGUCAAGUCGGAUAGCCCGGCAUACCCUGCUGCUCUGAAAGCCGCCGUUACUGCGUUCCAGGCGGCUGUGGAGGACCUCGCUAACCCGGAGGUGUACGGCGUGUAUGCGGUGUUCUUGCAACGGCAGUACCAGUUAUCCGAUGAGCCCAAUUUGAAGCUGUACUUAUCCCGUCUGUUGUCAAAGGUCUUUGCGCAGGCGGAGUCGACAAACAAUGUAUCUGAAGAACUGUACAUACAAUGGACCUUACACGUCGAGGACUCAGAUUCGGAGUCCCCGUCUGUAUCAGUCGAUGUCCUCGGAAGGGGACUCGAACGCAUCCCGACGAGCGGGAAGUUAUGGCUGCUUCUGAUCCCCCGUUUACCCUCCAACGAACGAUCUUCCAUCGUCGCCGCAUACGAAAAGGCCACUAGAAAAGUCACCGAUCCCGACGCGCUUGCCCAGGUGUGGACCCAUUACCUCAGCUUCGUCACCAUGUCGAUUUCCACGCCCACAAACCCCGUCAUCACAAACACCUCGGAUGCUGACUCCGACGACGACGAUCAAUCGGACGACUCAUCCACCAGCGCCAUCCUCCUUGACCCCACCCACAAACAGAACCUUUUCAACCGCGCCCUCGCAUCAUUCCAACACACCCGCCCAGCCCACGAAGCCACCAUUCUAGACCAAUACCUUACCUUCGCCCACCGCGUCGGCGGAAUCACCGCCGUCCGUCGCGUCGCAAAACACUUGUCGCAGAUCAAAACGCGACCGAAGAGGUUUUGGGCGACGUGGGCGCAGUUGGAGACCGAUGAGUUGCGGGAGAUGGAGAAGGGGGACGGGAAACGGGGACGGGAUCGGGAGGAUGGGGAGGAGGAGGAGGAGGUGAGGAGAUAUGGGGCCGCGAAGAAAGGUGUGGAUUAUGAGGCGUUGGAGGGGGUUAGGAGGGUGUGGGAAGGGUUGGUGGGUAUUGAUGAGAAGGAUGCUGACUCAUGGCUCCUCUCCAUCAAAUUCGAGCUACAAACCGCUAACGACCUCGACCGUGCCGCUGCCCUGUACUGGAAGGCUGAAAAGAGCAUCCGGCCCGCUGAUAAGCAGCGGUUUGAGGAGAUGUAUCAGAAGCUCAAGGAUGCGUUGUAGAGCGGAGGCAUAGCUCUUACAAGAGCAGUAGUGUAGUAAAUUAAAAAUCGAGCGUAGGUGUAGAGUAGUUUAGAUCGAUUGAUUCCUCUCGCAGGGGGCUUUAAAUACAAAUACAUGAAGACGGGGACCAUUCCAUCAUCUACAAUUACAAAUAUUAUCGGAAAGACAUGGGAAGACAUGGGAGACAUGCGAUGUCCGACUACG